UUAAAUUUACAAGUAUAAAUCUCGCACCCUUCAGUUGACAGAAAGUAGACCUAGUUUUAAGUGUUUUGCCAAGUUAAUUCAUUUGUUAGCAUGGUGACUUUGGAUCGUAAAAAGAUUUUAGGGGUGGGAGGUUUUGCCACUGUUUUCGAAGGUGCUUGGCGUGGAGUGAAAGUGGCAGUCAAACGAAUUCCCCUAGAAAAAACCGCGAGCAAUGAACAAGAAGAGAAGGCCCUAAAAAUGUUGGAUCAUACUAACGUCAUCAAAUUAUUUCACGUGCAGGAGAACCAAGACUUUAAAAUGUUCGUCCUUGAAUUAUGUGAUGCCUCGUUAGAUAGACUAUUUCUCAAAAAAGAUGACCCCAAAAAAUACCGCGGCCCAAUGCCGCAAAAUACAGAAGUCCUACUUCAGUUGGCUAAAGGACUCGAGUACAUUCAUCAAAUGGGAUUAGUCCAUCGCGACAUCAAGCCACAGAACGUACUCAUCCGUUUUGAUACUACAACCCAACAAGUGGUAAUGAAGUGGGCAGAUUUUGGUUACAGUAAACGUGUCAACGAAAGAGGUUCUUUCUCGAUGAGCGGUGUUAGAGGAACAUACGAUUAUUUCGCACCAGAAAUAUUGAAAUUACUGGACGAGGACAGUUCUGCUGAAAACCAAGUUCAGAAAAGAGGAACCGUCAAGAGCGAUGUAUUUGCCGAAGGCCUCGUCUUUGGUUACUUCCUUUCGGAAGGUGUUCAUCCAUUUGGCUCCUCAAGUCAUCAAAUCCUAGUUAACGUACGAAAAAAGGAACCAGCCAACCUUCCCCAAACGGAAAAACUUCGUAAUAUAAUCACAGAAAUGUUAGAAAAAGAACCAGAUAAUCGAGUUACAUCAUCUGAUGUCGUAGAUCGAUUCACAAACAUUCUGAAGAAUUCACAACAGAUGUUUACGUUACUAGCGGAAGGGAACCCAAGCGUGGAGGAAUUAGGAAAACUGAUUCAAGAAGGUGUGGACCUCAACGACAAAGACCCAAAUGGAUUGACACCGCUAUUGCGCUUAGCACAAAGCGAAAAGAUAAGUGAAAAUGGGGUAGAAAUAGUUAGUCUCUUGAUCCAACACGGAGCCAACGUUAAUUCAAUGGACAGGAAGGGUAAAAAUGCUCUUCUUUUGUGGUGCGAAAAUCGUAAACAAAAUAGAAACAAAAGUUUUCUUGCAAUCAUCAAUCUCUUCGUUGCAAAUGGGAUCGAUAUCAAUUGCAAAAAUGAAGACGAAGGCAACGUUCUCAAUACAUUGUGUCGCUAUCAUCAAAACGAAAAUUUAAUUGACAUUAUUCGACUUUUGAUUGAAAAUGGGAUCGAUAUCAAUUGCAAAGACAAAGACGGAUGUAACGCUCUCAUAGCAUUGUGCAAAAAUGAUCAAAACAAAAAUUUAAUUGACAUUAUUCGAUUUUUCAUUGAAAAUGGAGUCGAAGUAAAUUGCAAAACCAACGACGGAUGGAAUUGGAAUGCGCUCACUUUCUUGUGCUACUUUUAUCGAAUUGAAAAUUUAAUUGACAUCAUUCGACUUUUGAUUGAAAAUGGAAUCGAAGUCAAUUACAAAAAUAAAUACGGAGACAAUGCGCUCACUAUAUUGUGCUGGUUUUAUCAAAAGGAAAAUUUAAUUGACAUCAUUCGACUUUUGAUUGAAAAUGGAAUCGAAGUAAAUUACAAAGACAAAUACGGAGAUAAUGCUCUCAUUAAAUUGUGCGCAAAUUAUAAAAACGAAAAUUUAAUUGACAUUUUUCGACUUUUAAUUGAAAAUGGGAUCGAUAUCAAUUGCAAAAACAAAGGCGGAGACAAUGCUCUCACUUUAUUGUGUGCAAAUUAUAAAAACGAAAAUUUAAUUGACGUAAUAAAACUGGUAAUUAUAAGUGGAUUCAAUGUGACAAAAGAAACGCGUGACUUCUUUCAAAGAAAUUAUGAGGAAAAAAAUCGCAAUGAAGUCUUGCAAUUACUAAAUCCACCAACAAAAGGGCUCAGAAACGUGUCUUGGUGUUCUUUGAGCUGAAUUUUUAGACAACUUGCAAAGUCGCAAUACAUAAAUAUGUCAGAUUGUCAUCUGUUUUGUCAUCGUAAUUCAAUACAAUUUUGCCU